AUGUCUCCCAAUUUACCAAAGAUUGAUGGUGUUUUAAAAUCCACAAUUAAGCAAGUCCCAGUUACAUGUCUGAAGUUUAUUGGGAAAUAUGUUAUUGCAGCAAUUGGUGGUGAUUUACACGUUUUUAAGCCACUUAGCAGAGUAUAUCAACAGUUUGAGAGAAUCUAUAAACUUGAACUGUUUUCUUCACAGUACAUCUAUGGAAUUAUACCCAAUAAUUUUAAAAUUAUUGUUUUUGGAGGUAGAAGAGUUGCGUUCAUUGAAACAAAACAGAAGUUCUCUUGCAUAUCAGUAAAAACAUCAUGGAUUGUCGAAGAUUGGAUAUUAGACAGUGUGUGGAUUAGUGAUUUUGAGGUGGCAAUUUUAACUGCUCAUAACGUGUUGUUAUUGUACCAAUGUUUUCCAUCAAUUGAAGUUGUGUCCAGAAUAAAUUGUAUAGACCAAUGUAUUUUAUAUUCGGGAAAAAUUCUCAAUUCCAAAUGGGAAGAGCUCAUAGUUUUAUCUGGCACUGUCUAUCAAGAGGUAAUAAUAUGGUCGAGUGGGAGGUCUGUUUCUGAUGAGUAUCCUGUCAUUCAUAGAUUGAAAGGGCACAAAGGUGUUAUAUUUUCUAUAUCAUAUGAUGAGGAAACUCAGCGAAUAUGUUCUACAUCUGACGACAGGACUAUAAGAGUUUGGACUGUGAAAUUUCCUGGUUCCAGCUCUUUUAUUGAAAAUUGGAUAAAUGCUGAAAUAACUUUGAGUUUUAGUGCAUUUGGCCAUUUGGCAAGAGUAUGGAGAAGUGUUUUUAUACCAGAGGGUCAGCUUGUUUCUGUCGGGGAGGAUUCUCAAAUUUGUCUCUGGAAUAGGAGCGGUGAACUUUUGAGUCGAUGGGAACAUAAUGGUGAAAUAUGGUGUUUGGAUUAUUCUAAUUUCCAGGUUGCGGUUGGUGGAAAUGGCAUUAUAGUGAGACCUAUCCAGCCUUUGCCAGAUCUGGCUUCUAUAAAAUUGAGUGAGGACUUUGGUUUAAUGAGAAACAUCGUAAUAAAUAAGAAUGGUGAUAGGAUUAUAAUAACUGAAAGAGGCUGUUUAAUAUUAUACAAUAAUGAUAUCUUAGAUUAUAUUGAAGACAAACAAUUUUGCAGUUAUUGUGUUUUGUCUAUAUCACCCUCCAGGGAAUAUGUUGUACUUGGUGGAAUUCAUGGUGACAUUAAACUUUUCAAAGUUUUAGAUAGCAAGUUAACAGAAUUAUGUAAAACAAGUAUUACUGGUCGAGUUUUCUCACUUUCUUGGUCUGACAGCAGCACAAUAGUUUCUAAUGGUCUUGAUGGCUCACUCUCAGUUUGGGAAUUGGUUGAAACUGGUGAUAACAUUAACCUGGAACAGAAGAAUUCUUACGUUCUACCAUAUUCUAAAGAGCGUUGGAUAACAUGUGCUGCUUCCCUUGAAGAUUAUCUAGUUUGUGGUGAUAGAAUGGGAUCUAUUCAUCUCUUUUCAUCUUUAACUACUAUAAAGGACCCAGUUGAUUCUCUUCGUAGGCUUCAUGAUGUCAAAGGUGUAAGUGACAUUAAACACAUUAAUGGAAUCACUUAUUCUACUGGAAGGGAUGGAACGCUGAGAGAAUUCACCAUAAAAGAUGAUAAACUGGUUUUAGUAUCAACAUUAAAAUUACCGAUGGAUUGGUCUACUUCAGUUGUCCACUCUGAUAGCUAUGGAUUAAUCAUUAUGGGAUUUCAUGGUUCAAACUUCGUUUUAUGGAAUGUCGAGGAAAGGAUAACACUGUUACAAUUGGACUGUGGGGGUGGUCACCGUUCUUUUGAUUGCAUCGUUGAUGGAAACCUUGGAAAUUUAGUUAUAAGUUUUAUAAGAAUGAAGGAAAUGAAAUAUAUUUGUUGUCCUGUAGAAGCUGUCUCUCAUCAAACGGUUCUUGCAGGGUAUCAUAAAAAGGCUAUCAAUUGUUGUUGUUUAUUGUCAUUGAAAGAAGAUGGAAUGGCUUCUAUAUUGACAGGAAGUGAGGAUAAUUCUAUUAGACUUUCCUUGAUUGACCAGCUAGAUUGGAAGUGUUCCUCGUCCUAUUUAAGGCAUAUAUCUAGUGUCAGAGCUGCUGUCUUAGUAGAUGAUGUACUUGUAACAGCGGGAGGGAGAGCUCAAAUGAUACUCUGGCAUGUCCAAAAUUAUUCUGGUGAAACUAGGCUUCAAGAAAUUGAUUCUCAUAUGAUACGAGAAGAGUCUGAACAUCGAAGAUCUUGGAGGACAGCUGAACCUCUUGUUGACCCAGAAAUGAGGUAUAUGGAUUUAAAAAUUGUAAAACAGAGUGAUGGCAUUUAUUCCAUAUUUUCCAGUUGUUCUGAUGGAAUGUUAAGAAUUUUCAGUUAUGACAAGGAGGAUAAAAAGCUUUGUUUAAUCAAUUCACUGGAAAGCAAUCAGGGCUGCUUAUUAAAGAUAUCGACUUUCCAGUGGCAAGAUGAGCUAGUUGUUGUUACCGCAGGAACCAGUGGAAGUGUUUCUUUUUGGUACGUUCCAUACAAUAAAAUACCACAACGUAGUCAUUCGUUACAUUCCUUGGGUAUUAAUAGUAUGGAUCUUACAUUAAAUAAAAAACAUUUGAUUCUUUGCACUGGUGGUGACGAUACAGCUCUCGUCUUAACAGCAUUUUCAUUGGAAAAGAAAGGGAAGGAGUCGAUUACUUUUAGCCUUCGUGAACAUGUUCACUACUGCCAGAUUACAGGUUUGAAAAUCACCCAAGAUUAUAUCGUUAGUAUUGGAUUGGAUCAGAAACUGUGUUUAAUCAAUUGGUCAUUUGAUGGAAAUUUCUUCAAAACUUCUAUCCUUACUAUAUUCAACAGCACUGUUCUCGAUAUUCAUGGUUUAUUAACGUGGCCAAUAAUAAAUAGUGAUCAAAUGAAGAUACUUGUUUUUGGAAGAGGUUUUGAAGUACUUCAUUUCGACAGAUCAAAAAUUUUUUCGUCGAAAUAG